UUUCUUUUUAUUUUUUUUUUUUUAUUUUAUUUUUCUCUUUUUACCUCACUCAUAAAAAUGGUUCAUAACAAAAUUCCUACUCGUAGUAAUGUACAAAAAGUCCUUGGUCACCUAAAGUUAAGUGAAGGUAUUAUCUAUUUGAAUGGUAAUGUCAUGCAAGAACGUGAUAAUACCGAUUGUGAACUUCCUUUUCGUCAAGAAUCCAACUUUUAUUAUGUUACUGGUGUGAAUGAACCUGAUUUUCAUGUGGUGAUUGAUAUUGCUACGAAAAAGACGAUUUUGGUUGCUCCUAAUAUUGAUCCUGAUCAUGUCAUGUGGAUGGGUUUACCUGAUACUCUUGAAGAAAUGCAAGCUAAAUAUGAUGUAGAUCAGGUUGUAUAUGCUGAUAAACUCAAUGCAUUGGUUCAAACUGCUUCCAAGAUCUAUACUUUACCCAUUUCCAAGACCACUGCUAUUGAUAGUGUAUCUUCUAAAUUGGUCGAUGCUGCUGGACAAAAGAAAUUGGAAAAUGCCUUUAUUGAUGCUCGUUUAAUCAAGGCUGAUUGGGAAGUAGAAAUCAUGCGUAAAGCAAAUAAGAUUUCUUCAGAUGCUCACAUAAAGCUUUGGAAAGCUGCUCAUCCUGGUUGUAAUGAAGCUCAAUUACAUGCCUUGUUCUUGUAUGAAUCUGCUCGUCAUGGUGCCUUUUUCCAAUCUUAUUUUCCUAUUGUUGGGUCUGGGAUGAAUGCUGCCACUUUACAUUAUAACAAGAAUAAUGCUAUUAUGAAUGCGAAUGAUGUGGUUUUGGUCGAUGCUGGUGCCGAAUUCGAAUUAUAUGCUUCUGAUAUCACUCGUGUUUUCCCUGUCAAUGGUAAAUUCACUCCUGAAGCUCGUGUCAUUUAUUCUAUUGUUUUGGAAAUGCAAAAGAAAUGUAUUGAUCUUUGCAAAGCUGGUGUUGCUUGGGAAGAUAUUCAUUAUACUGCCACUGAAGUUGGUUGUGAUGGUUUAUUGAAGACUGGUAUUCUUGUUGGUGAUAAACAAGAAAUUUUGGAUAAAUCUGUCAUGGCUGCCUUUUUCCCUCAUGGAAUUGGUCAUUCCAUUGGUAUGGAUGUUCAUGAUGUAGGUGGUUACCCUGAUGGUGUGGAACGUAUCAAUAAACCUGGUAUUCGUAACUUGCGUAUGCGUCGUGUAUUAGCCCCUGGUUUUGCUGUCACUGUAGAACCUGGUAUCUACUUUUUUGAUUACUUGAUCAACCCUGUGCUUAACAAUGCUGAUACUGGCAAGUACAUUAAUGUGGAUGUUUUGAACAAGUACAAAUCUGUUGGUGGUGUUCGUAUUGAAGACAACAUUAUCGUCACUGAAGGUGCUCCUAUUAACUUGACCACUGUCCCCAAGGAAAUCGACCAAAUCGAAGCAUUGAUGGCUUCCAACUAGAUCUUUUUUUUUUUUUGUUAGGUUGUACUUUAUAUUACUAGUUGUAUGAAUAUCUAGUUUUUCUUUUAUAUAUAUAUAUGAUGAUGAUGUUUAUGUUCUGUACAAUAGUGAAAAUAAAGAAAUAUAAAUAUUUCUC